AUGAACCAGAAACAUUCAGAAUAACUACAACAGAAGAAACAAUGACAACAACAACAGGUCUAGUAGAGUCUGCUAUUACACCCAAAGAUUCUAAAUUUGUAUCAGUAACAUCAACAUUACCACCAACUGCAUUGGACACAACCAGAUCAGCAACUGUUAGAGAAGAACCAGAAUCAACCACAACUACUCAAGCUAAGGUUUUGUCUACUGUAUUACAUUCUGUGGCAGUAGAUACAGCCACAACAGCAGUCCUUGAAGAGUCUGCUACUGCACCCAAAACUUCAACCUUGGUACCAGUGACAUCUCAAGUCACAACAGAACCCUCACCAGCCCAAAACGAAACUACAACAUUAAUGUCAGUGAAGCCAGUAACAGUGGCUCAUACCUUAGAAGUUUCCAACACUGCCAAAAGUGUGACACAAGAACCUAAAACACAUGCUGACAGUGGUUCUUCAUCAGCAGGAAUAAGUACAUUAAGAGAAUCUGGUAUAACAGAAUCAACAUUUGCUCCAACUACAACAGCACAAAUAACAGAGGCAUCAUCACCUUUAACUGAAGCAAGUGAAGUAAAGACAACAACUGCAAGAACAUCCAGAUCUACAGAAUCAUCAGCGGAAACCCAAAUAACAAGUGCAACCAUUGCACCAUCAGCAGGAGUGACAUCAGCAUUGCCAGCAACUGCAGCAGGGACAACCACAGCAGCAACUGUUAGAAAUGAACCGGAAACAAUCAGGACAACUUCAACAGAAGAUACAGUGAUAACAACAGGCCUAGUAGAGUCUGCUACUACACUCAAAGCUUCAACCUUUGUACCAGUGACAUCAGCUUUUCCAGCAACUGAAUUGGGCACAACCACAUCAGCAACUGUUAGCAAUGAACUGGAAACAAUCAGGAUAACUACAACAGAAGAUACAGUGACAACAACAGGCCUAGUAGAGUCUGCUACUACACUCAAAGCUUCAACCUUGGUACAGGUGACAUCAGCAUUGCCAGCAACUGCAUCGAGCACGACCACAGCAGCAACCGUUAGCAAUGAACCAGAAUCAACCAAGACUACACUAGCUCAAGUUUCAUCUACUGUGAUACAUUCUGUGGCAGUAGGUACAGUUACAACAACAACAUCAACAACAAGCUUUGUAAAGUCUGCUACUGCACCAAAAGCUUCAACCUUUGUACCAGUGACACCAGCAUUGCCAGCAACUGCAUCAAGGACAACAGCAGCAGCAACUGUUAGAAAUAAACCAGAAUCAACCAAGACUACACUAGCUAAGGGUUCAUCUACUGUAUUAAAUUCUACAACAGUAUAUACAACAACGUUGACAACAACAACAACACUAACGUCAGUAAAGCCAGUAACAGAGGCUCAUACCUCAUAUGUGUCCACUGUAGCACCAACAACAGAGGGCACAAAUACUGAUCCUCCUACCCUUGACGAGGGAAGCAUAUACUUAAGAUUCAGUCUAAAUGAAACUUUCAGUGAAAUAUAUAACAACCACUCAUCCCCUGAAUUCAUUGCAUUGGCAUCCCAUGUGGUAACUGUGAUAAACAGAAUUUACAGGGCAAGCAAUCUCAGAGGAUACAGGCGAUGCAGAGUCAACUCUUUCGUGAGGGGCUCCAUUAAAGUUGAUAUGACUCUUAUCUUUGAGAAUUCUUCUACAGUCCCAAGCUCAUUUAAGGUAGAGGAAAUUCUUAAUGGGACCGCUGUGAAUGGUACCAUACUUUUGGACAUCAUACUUGAUACUAUCAAAGCAGGGGAAGUAGUUACUUCUAGUACACCACCGCCUGCCACAAAUGCAACUUUUGAAUCUACCACCACGAAAUCGAGUACCAAUGAGUACUCAAUCACCACGUCUGGUGCCUUUCCAUGGAUGGUACGCUGUUCACUAAUGACUAUAUCUCCAGCUAUUACUGUUUUAUUAGCACAAACUUUGAUGUGUUUGUAAUUUAAAGUGUACUAGGAAAGUUCACAAAAGAAAUAAA